AUGGCUGCUGCCCUGCACCCUCCCAUGGACGGGGAGGCCUGGAGCCUUCCAGCAGGCUCUGGGGGCCGUGUGGGGGACGCCCUGGUCAUCGCUGAUGAUACCGCCCCACCCCCGAGGGGAGCGGAAGCCUUCCGCAGGCCCGCGUGCGUGCGUGGUGCGUGCGUGGUGCGUGGUGCGCGCGUGGUGCGUGCGUGGGAAGACAGGCUCCCUCUGCCUGCAGCUGAGGGUGAAGUCAUGGCUGCUGUGAGCUGGCCUGAGCCCUCCCAGCAGGCAGGCGCCCAGCGCGGAUCUCCCCACGUGGCCUGGUCUGACUUCCCUGAGGAGCCCAGCCCCCGGCAGAAGGCCCGCAGCCUCCUGGUGUGGUUGACAGACGAGGAGGCCAAGGAUGGGGACAGCUCGGUGUCGUCGGGCCGCCUUUCCGGCUCCUCGGGGGGCCAUGAGUCAUGCACGCCUCCCCACGGGACCUGGAAGGAGAGGACCCUCCGGGUACUGGGGCCCCUGCAGCAGCCCAGGGAGAGCACUCCCCGGCUGGAGCAGCUGAGGGAGAAGAUCCGGGCCCAGGCACGGUGGCAGGCGAGCUGCACCUCCCUGGGCACCUCGGCACCCGCCAGCGCCUCAGAUCUCUACAAAGCCCGCACGCCAGCCCCCCGGAGGAAGGCCCGAAAGCCGACACACCCCGCUCCGGCCCUGGCCUACCCAGGCUCAGGCAUCCUGAGUGGGGCUGAAAGUGGAGUCGAAGACAAGGCAACACCUGGCCAGGGGCGUGAGGCCUCCAGGGUCUCCCAGCGGCAGGCCUCAGUUCCACGGGAGAAAACCAAAAGGAUGAAAAGUAGGUCUUGCAAAAGAGAGAAGACCCCCAAGCUGCCUGCCCCUAGGAGAGCUGCCAAAGACACAGGGGCAAACGAGGAUUCUGAGUUGGUUGGUGUUUACGCUUGGAGAAAAGGACGAGCUCUGGUGAGGCUGCUGCCUGGGGUGCAGAACCAACGGGGCCUCAGGGAGAGGGGAGGGGCCGGCUCUGCUCCUCUUGAAGCCCUGCAGCUCUGGCCACCCCUGCGACUACCUGUCUUUGCAGGACAUGGCAAGAAGUUGGGAGCUGGUGAGAGUUCCCCUGUCUGCCCCCGGCUGCCUAGAUCCACCUGUGCCCGCAGCGCCCCGCAGGUGUCAACCAAUGCUCCCCACCUGGCUUCCUGCCAUCAGCCCGUGAACAUCCAGGCUGCUAUGGCCGUCCUUCGAGACCUCCACCAGCAAAUCCAGGCCAGCCUGGAGCUGGCCCAGGGCCACCACCCAAGGCGAGGGCUGGAGCCGCGGGACCUGGCGGGGAGGAGGUGGCAGAGCCCCUGGAAGCCCCCAGACUUGCGGGGCUCCUGGAAGAGCCCUCGGGCCGUGACGGAGGGGGUGCCUGCGUCCAAGAGGGCUGGGAGCCUGCCCAUGGCGCCGAGCUGGAGCGCCUCGGCCAGGUGGGAGUCCUAUCCGCAGAGGACCUGGGCAACCCAAGGACGAGAUCCCUCCUUCCGGGGACCCGGGAGCCCCACGGAGAGGCUGAACUCCUUCCCUCAGCGGCCCUGGAGCGCCUCGGCCAGGCGGACCUCCUGUCCACCAAAGGCCUGGGCGGCCCAAGGAUGGGACCGCUCCCUCUGGAGGCCCGGGAGCACCCCUGAAAGAUGGGGCCCCUUCCUGCAGCAGCCCCGGAGCACCUCGUCCGGGCAGGCUUGGGGUCUGCAGAGGGCCUGGACCUCUCGUGAAGACCGGGAGGGCCCCGCCCGAAGGCCCUGGAGCCCCGCCUUCACGCAGGGGCCCGACCCCCGGUGCCAGGGCAGGGGUCCACUGCUAACCCCCGCGGGGGCGAAGCUCACCUGGCCAAGGCCCAGCCAGGGUGCCCUUUGGAACAUGCCUGGGAAGGAGAAUGAGGUGCGACCCCCGCCGCCCUGCCCGAAGCCCCGGGGGCCCCUCCACAGCUCCGAGUCCCUGCGGGAGUUCAUCCAGCAGAAUAUGGAGCCCUGGUGGCAGCAGGCCCUAAAGGAAAAGGCCUCCGCCAUGCAAGCGCUGGAGCUCAGAAACCAGAGGCUGCAGGGCGUCUACAGGAAGCAGAGGGAGGCCGUCCCCGUGGUCUCCCAGACGACGCCCAGCAUCGUGACCUUCGUCCCGCAUUCUGCACAGUCCGUGGGCCUGGAAGCCGCCGGGGGCCCAGGAGCACCUGUGCCGCAGUGGAGCAGGGUGACUUCCGGCAUGGUGCUGGGGGACCAGGACGCCCCGGGCAGCUUCUGCCUGUGUUUGAACAGAGCCUUGAACCCGGCCGAAACUCUGGAGGUGGGAGGCCCCCGAGAUGGCUGGGAGGGCGCCCCCCUGCUGACGUCGGCCAGUUCUUCCCUGGGCCCCCUGCAACUCCAGGACCUGACCAGCCACUGCUCAAGCCCGGGGCUGUGCAUCUGCCUGGACCCCGAGGAGUCCGAACGCCUGGGCGCGCCAGGCCCCCUGCACUUCCGGUACAAGCAGGCUCGGCUGCAGGCCCUGGAGACCAUGGCCAACGUCCUGAAGCAGCGAAUCGACGUCCUGACCGACAGGCUGAGCAGGUCCGAGGCGACGGACGCAGCGGGGGGGCCCGUCCCAGGCCCGCCGCCCUCGAGCUCCAGCACGCCAGCCUGCCCCAGAGCCCUGGUGCCCAGCGUGGGCGGAGGGGCACCCUGGGACUGGGCGGGCAUGCGGGCCAGGCCGCUUCUCUCUACCACCUGCUUCCCGGACACUGAGACGCUGCCCUGGAGCCCUGGCUGGGAACGGCUGCAGAGCGUCAGCCCGAGGGGCCACCAGGCCAGCAAGCCCCAAGGUUUCAUGGAGGAUGGGCGCUCGGAGCGGGACAAGAGGCAGGCGAGAACCCUGGCUUCCUUGCAGACCCUCAGCCCCUUCGCAGGGAGCUCACUCGGGGUGCCAGACCCCCGCUGCGGCUCCCUGCGGCUGGAAGAGAUGCGGUCGGCCAGAGGGGCGGGCUUGGUCACGCCCUUGACCCUCCGGAGCUGCGGUAAGGGCGAGCCCGUGGACAGGCCCUGGGCCGGCUGGUCGGGUGGCCAGGGAGAUCCGCUGGGGACCCGCUCCACGGCCUGAUGCUCGGCCAGGUUCUGCGGGUGUAGAAAGAUGCUUUUCUACGUGGAGAGCGUCCACGCGUCAGUAUUAAAGUUUUCUGGAGGC